GCCUCCCGGCGGCCGUCUCUGAUUGGACUGCCGAGCCCCGCGCUCUGAUUGGCCGCGUGGGCGAGGCGGAGGAGAGCCGUGCGCAGCGGCGUGUGUGGGGCCGUGUGCAGACCCGCGUGUGGCGCAGGCAAGGACCCUGAAAAUAAACAGCCGCUGCCUUGCGAGCCGCUUCCUCGGGCCUGCGUCCGAGUCUCCGCUGUUGCGGGCCCGCUCAGACGCCGAAGAUCUAACUGCAGCCAUGAGCAGCAAUGAGUGCUUCAAGUGUGGACGAUCUGGCCAUUGGGCCCGGGAAUGCCCUACUGGUGGAGGCCGUGGCCGUGGAAUGAGAAGCCGUGGCAGAGGUGGUUUUACCUCGGAUAGAGGUUUCCAGUUUGUUUCCUCAUCUCUUCCAGACAUCUGUUAUCGCUGUGGUGAGUCUGGUCAUCUUGCCAAGGAUUGUGAUCUCCAGGAGGAUGCCUGCUAUAACUGCGGUAGAGGUGGUCACAUUGCCAAGGACUGCAAGGAGCCUAAGAGAGAGCGAGAGCAGUGCUGCUACAACUGCGGCAAGCCAGGCCAUCUGGCUCGUGACUGCGACCACGCAGAUGAGCAGAAGUGCUAUUCUUGUGGAGAAUUUGGACACAUUCAAAAAGACUGCACCAAAGUGAAGUGCUAUAGGUGUGGUGAAACUGGUCAUGUAGCCAUCAACUGCAGCAAGACAAGUGAAGUCAACUGUUACCGCUGUGGCGAGUCAGGGCACCUUGCACGGGAAUGCACAAUUGAGGCUACAGCCUAAUUAUUUUCCUUUGUCGCCCCUCCUUUUUCUGAUUGAUGGUUGUAUUAUUUUCUCUGAAUCCUCUUCACUGGCCAAAGGUUGGCAGAUAGAGGCAACUCCCAGGCCAGUGAGCUUUACUUGCCGUGUAAAAGGAGGAAAGGGGUGGAAAAAACCGACUUUCUGCAUUUAACUACAAAAAAAAAGUUUAUGUUUAGUUUGGUAGAAGUGUUAUGUAUAAUGCUUUGUUAAAGAACCCCCUUUCCGCGCCACUGGUGAAUAGGGAUGGAUGAAAUGGGAAGAGUUGAGUCAGACCAGUAAGCCCGUCCUGGGUUUCUUGAACAUGUUCCCAUGUAGGAGGUAAAACCAAUUCUGGAAGUGUCUAUGAACUUCCAUAAAUAACUUUAAUUUUAGCGUAAUGAUGGCCUUGGAUUGUCUGACCUCAGUAGCUGUUAAAUAACAUCAAGUAACAUCUGUAUCAGGCCCUACAUAGAACAUACAGUUGAGUGGGAGUAAACAAAAUAAAAAGACAAACAUGCGUGUUAAUGGCUAUACGAGAGAAAUCGAGGUAAUAGCCUACACUUCAUCGCAGCGUUGCGCUGUACGUAUAGAUGGUGUUGACAAAGGUUUAGAACACAUAUUUUCAAAGACUAAAUCUAAAACCCAGAGUAAACAUCAAUGCUCAGAGUUAGCAUAAUUUGGAGCUAUUCAGGAAUUGCAGAGAAAUGCAUUUUCACAGAAAUCAAGAUGUUAUUUUUGUAUACUAUAUCACUUAGACAACUGUGUUUCAUUUGCUGUAAUCAGUUUUUAAAAGUCAGAUGGAAAAAGCAACUGAAGUCCUAGAAAAUAGAAAUGUAAUUUUAAACUAUUCCAAUAAAGCUGGAGGAGGAAGGGGAGUUUGACUAAAGUUCUUUUUGUUUGUUUAAAAUUUUCAUUAAUGUAUAUAGUGCAAAAUGCCAUAUUAAAGAGGGGAAUGUGGAGGACUGAAA